AAAAUAGUAAAAACCCAGGAUCAUUACCGAGGUUAGGACGCUAUAGUGGUUCCCGUGACGGUGCUUCUCUGUGAGGCCACUGGACACAAGGACAUGGAAGAUGAUAAACCGUUUGUGUGCUCACAGAAUGGUUGUGGACAGCAAUUCACAAAUGAAGAUCACCUUGCUGUGCAUAUGAGGAAACAUGAGAUGUCACUGGCUUUGAAUUUACAAAGUGGUAGUACUCUCAACACCUUGACUCCAGGGCGGUCACCAGGGCGGUCACCCAGUGGCAUGGGGGCGGCUGGACUCUUCUUAGAUCAGACACCUACCCCAACUAAGUUUCUACGCAAUUGUGAAGAAAUUGGGCUCUUUCAGGAAUUAAAAAAUCCAUUUGAGGAAGCAUUUAAAAAGGCAUUGGACACUGAUGGUGCUGUAUUGCAGAGUGGUAGUCCGUUUCCUGGUCCAAGUUCAAAUGAAUUGAACACUCCGAUACCACAUCCCACACCGAAGAUCAUACAUGGGAUCAAACGCGAGAAAGUCGACCCAGAUGAUCUUAUUGAUAAUGACAAUAACAUGGCCCUCAAUCUAACAAAACUGAAGACGAUAGAACCAACGUCAACAACUGACGAGGACAGUGAUGUCAUUGUGAUGUCAGUUGAUGACCAACCAAAGAUUACCGCACCAUCUGUUUCCUUGGCGACUGGUCCUACUGCUGGCCCAUCUGUUUCAUCUAAUCUGUUAGUGACGGCUGCACAGUCAACAACUGUCUCACCUCCCAAGACAACGAUAGGCGUGGCCACUCCUGUAAUACAACCCCCACAGUUUGCGACCUGUAUGCAAGUGUUUCUUCAACUUCCCUCAGGACAGACUGUUCCAGUUCAGAUUCCUGCCACCAUUACCAACCCUGGGAUACAGACCAUCACAAAUGGUGGCAUACAAAAUACAUCUAAUGCUGGUGUUCAACAGCCUGUAGCAAACCAAGGGUUACAAACAGUCACACCCAACUUACAAACAAUCACAAACCCCGGGCUUCAGAACAUAACAAAUGCCAACGUCCAAAAUAUAACAAAUGCUGGUGUUCAGAACAUCACAAACCAAGGUGUGCAGAUUGUGCAAGGAUCAACAGGCAUGCCACAGAAGAUUCCGACCCCGGCAGUGGUCACACCAUCCAGUGGUCCAUCCCCAUCGGUCAGUCCUGCACCUCAGUCUGUGCUGACACACUCCCCGGUCAAACAGCAGCCGUCAGGAGCAGGCUUGGCCCAGUCCUCUCUAACUAAACAGAGAUUAAAAGCAGCCCUUCAACAACAAACCGUGCCAUCACCAGGGUCACAGAAAGCAUCAUCCCCAGCAACCAGAGUGAUACAGAUGUCACCUGACCUCAACACAGCCAAUCAAAUCACAGUUAUUUCCAGUACAACAAACUAUGCUCCGGGACCAAGUAUGUCGCCAAUGUCGGAGACAAGUGUGAGCAUAGCAUCCGAUGUGUCGUCACCCGACACCGACAUGCCACUUCUAAAAAGAAUUAAAAAAGAUGAAAACAAUUCUGAUGAUAGGAGAGUAAAAUUUCUCGAAAGAAAUCGUGCUGCAGCCGCGCGAUGUCGACAGAAGAGAAAACACUGGAUCACAAAUCUGGAGAGGAAAGGGGACGAACUUCAGAUGGUCAACAAUCGACUCAUGUCUGAAGUGAACGGCUUGAAGAGUGAAGUUGCUCAAUUGAAGACAUUACUUCUGGCUCACAAAGACUGUUCUGUCACCCUUCAGCAGAAAUCACAAGGGCAGUUUCCAUACCAAGCAUUUUCUAUGCUGGAAGGUACAGUGGCCAGUGCUAACGAGACAGGAGUCAUCCUGGAAACUGACGCUACAGGUGCUACAACAGGGACUUCAACAGCGACCUGGGUGACGGCCUCAGCACCAACAGUGAUAAAAACAGCUGUUUCCACACCAACAAACAGCUCCAUAUCAGGGCAAAAGACAAUAACAAUUAUUCCCAAAGUCAUUCGAACAGAAAGCACAAAACCUAUUCGGAAGAAAUGACACAGGGUUAUCACCAUAGCAACCUAAUUUAUAACUUGUUGUCUUGUAUACUCUUACCGGCAGCCAACUACAGCUUUUAUCUAUGUCUA